UAUGGAUUUGACUGGCUACUUAACGAAAAUUCUUGCUGAAAGGGGUUACUCUUCAGCUGAGAGAGAAACUGUAAAUGACCUUAAAGAAAAAUUAGGCUUUGUAUCAAUUGAUUUUGAUGAAGAUAUGCAAAGUGGUGCUAACUCUUCAUCGAUUGAAAAGACAUACAAAUUGCCUAAUGGACAAGUAAUGAAAAUUGGAAAUGAAAGAUUUCGGUGUACCGAAACCCUAUUCAAACCUUCCCUUCUAGGAUUGAAAGCUUCUGGUAUUCAUGAAGCACUUCACAAUUCCAUAAUGAAAUGUGAUGUUGACAUUAGGUGA